AUGAUAUAGACUGGAUGUCUAAAGGGAAAUGGAACAGGAGGAGAAUUCAUUUGGAGUGGAGAAUUCUAAGAUGAAUUCCAUCCAGAAUAGAUAAAUGACAAACCAUUUACUGUUAGUAUGGCAAAUUCAGGUCCAAAUAAUAAUGCAAGUUAAUUUUUUAUAACUGUUUGUCCAACUCCUUGGUUAAAUGAUAAAAUAUGA